AUGCGUGGUAGUCGUGGCGAUGAGGCUCAAGAAUGGACUUUACUUCAUUGUUUAUUCCAGGAGCAGGGGCAACCACAUUACUCUCCACAUCCAAGUAGUACUCUUCAAUCCUUCCCUGCAACACCCACUUUUCUCAUCCGCAAAUUUAAAACAACGCCAGCAUUGGUCGUUUUCUUAGCUUAUCGACAAGCGAAUGAUGAAGUCAUGACGGAGGGCAGCAAGGGAGGCCCCUGGGAAGCUUCUCUGCAUCAUAAUAGCUUGAAUUGGAUUAGGUUAACGUACCAGCUCAAGAUCGACUCUUCCAUCCGCCAAGCCCUCUCCGCCUUGCAAAGGGCUGAUCACCUGCCUUAUGGAGCCUUCCGAGUGCUUUAUUGCCAGAAACCUGCCUUGAGAAUACUCGUAACCAAGCUAGUGUUAAAGCCUAGAAAAGAGGAUGUCGAGCGUCUAACAUACCCUCUUGGCAGCCUUGGAUAUCCACCCAGACCAGUUUCUGGAGGAAUAGAAUUGUCAAAUCCUCAACCCAUCAUAAUCUCCCUUCCCGGACUUGCAAACGAUUUGAAAGUUAUAAACGGAGUUCACUUCGCCGAGCCGUAA